AGGGAUUACCUGGAAAGACAGGAGUUCCUGGCCUCCAAGGGCCUGUUGGGAAGAGUGGUGAGGCUGGGAGUAGAGGAAUGAAGGGGACACUAGGAAAACCAGGACAGAGAGGGGUUAAAGGUAAACAAGGCCCCAGUGGACUUCCUGGGGGUGAAGGACUAAAGGGUAAGAAAGGAGAAGAAGGACCAAAAGGAAAACAAGGCCCCCCAGGUGAGAUGGGCAUGACUGGACCAAAGGGACACAGAGGACCUCCUGGUAUUCGGGGGAACAUUGGACCAUGGGGUGAUAUUGGGCCUCGUGGGUUUCCAGGUGACCAGGGUCCACAAGGUCCAGUAGGCCCUCUUGGAGUUACAGGUUAUCCAGGUAAAGAUGGAGCCCAAGGCCCAACUGGACCAGCUGGUGUCAAAGGAGAUAAGGGAUCAACAGGGCCUUUGGGGCAGGAGGGAGUUGCUGGUCUCGAUGGUGAGGAGGUAGAUUGAUUAGACUGUGUUGCUCACAGAUUUGAU